AGCUCCUCCCUCCCGUUUUCAUCUCUCCCUGUCUGGCUCCUCUGGGUGAUAGUCAUUGUUUGUCUUCUCUUCGUUGGGGCAGCCUCGUUUCUCCUGAAGAAUGUCGGGCCUUUUGACGACUAACUCCAGCUCCGUGCUCCUCCUGCUGUCUCUCUCCCCGGCCCUCCUUCUCCUCCUCCUCCUCCUCCCGCCGCUGCCGCUGGACGCCAAGUCAUUGUCCGCUGCCCGUGGCGUGGCGGGGCGUGGUCUGGACGCCACAGGAGGCGGGGUCAGGCGUCUCCGCAGAGACCUCCGUGAUUCGCUGCCGUACGAGGCCGGGAUGAUGUCCUAUCCUGGGGAGUCGGCUGACGUCCUGACCCGCCGGGGGGGUAACGAGCUGCUCUAUCAACCAGAGGAGUGGAGGGGGCAGGGCUUAGGACAGGCUCUGCAGCAAUUGGUGGAGAACGACGAGAGGCAUGAACAGGAAACGGCGUACCUGGCCGGGUUGCUCCGCCUCCUCAGUGAAGCUGAAGGAGCUGCCGGAGAGGAGGGAGGUGAGGAGGACCAUGGGCCAGGGGACUUCCAAGGGCCCUAUACCCGUGACUACGAUGAGACAGAGCAGGGGAUGAGAAUGGGAAAGCCCCAGGCUGCAGCUCCAUGGCAGGGCCUACUGGACCCCCAGCUCACCCAGGCCCUGCUCAACAGAUACAGGCAGGAGAGGCUGCAGCAGCAGGCCGGGUUACCAGGUCUACCAGCCGUCAUCAACAGGUUUACAAAUGACAGGCUGGAAACAGGCAGCCAGGACCAAGACCAGGAGGCUCUGAGAUACCUCGUAACCAAGAUCCUGUCCAGCAUUAGUCCCAACAACCCCCAGGGUUCGUCAGGCCGCCGGGUGAGGAGGGACCUGGUGUCUGUGUCUGGUGGUGGGGGUGGAGGGGUCAGAGCAGCCUCAGAACCAGUCUUCCACAGAUCCCGUCGCUCCCUGGUCUCCCCUCCUACUCCCUCCCCCAGCCGGGAGCCCUCUCCGGGGCUUCUGAGGGUCAAGAGGCUGGGGUACAUGGAAGAGGGCCCUGGAUGGCUUGGGGGAGAGCGGGAGGGCCACAAGACCCCAAACCAUGCUGUGGGGUUACAGAGGAUGAAGAGGAUCGACACCGAACUACAGGCCCAACCUGGUGGGAGGGCCAGCCGCAGGAGAAGAGCCCUGAACUACGACCCCCAAGCCCUAACCCACGACCCCGAGCUGCUGGUCCAACACAUCCUACACUACCUGCCACAGUAGAGAGGGAGAGAUAGAGAGACAGUGAGAGAGAUGGAGAGACAGAGAGAGAGAGAUGGAGAGAGAGUGAGAGAGAUGGAGAGAGAGUGAGAGAGAU